CGAGCGCCGAGCCUCUGUUCCACACUGCAGUAGAUACCGUUGGCGACAACAUGCUCGGGCUGAAGAACAUCACAAAGUGCGUGGCCCCUGGCCAGGAGCUGGGCAAGAUGCUGGGACUGGUAGUUCCCGCCUCUCAACAACAGCGUCACCAACACACCAUCCCCGAGAAGCUCAAGGAUAUACCCACCGCAGCUAACCCCAAGUUCUUCGACAUGGUGGAGUACUUCUUCCACCGCGCCUGUGCCAUCGCGGAGGACAAGCUGGUGGAGGACAUGAAGGGUCGCGCUAGCCCGGAGGAGAAGAGGAAGAAAGUUAAGGGAAUCUUGCUCGGAAUGCAGACCUGCGACCAUAUCCUGGAGAUCACCUUUCCCAUCAAGAGAGAUAGCGGAGAUUACGAGAUCAUCACAGGCUACCGCUCUCAACACAGCACGCACAGGACCCCCACUAAGGGAGGAAUCCGUUUCUCAGAGGACGUCAACCUCGAUGAGGUUAAAGCUCUCUCAGCCCUCAUGACAUUCAAGUGCGCCUGCGUGGAUGUACCCUUCGGCGGCGCUAAGGCCGGGGUCAAAAUCAACCCCAAACACUACAGUGAGCUCGAGCUGGAGGCCAUCACAAGGAGAUUCGCUCUGGAACUAGCCAAGAAGGGCUUCAUUGGACCCGGAGUUGAUGUACCUGCUCCUGACAUGGGAACUGGUGAGAAGGAAAUGUCCUGGAUUGCUGAUACUUACGCAAAAACAAUCGGUUACAUGGACAUAAACUCGCACGCCUGCGUGACCGGCAAGCCGAUCAACCAGGGAGGCAUCCACGGACGAGUCUCCGCCACUGGCCGAGGAGUAUUCCACGGCAUUGAAAACUUCAUCUUGGACGAAUCUUACAUGAAGAUGAUCGGUCUCACUCCUGGCUGGGGCAACAAAACUUUUAUUGUUCAGGGAUUCGGUAACGUGGGGCUGCACACUAUGCGGUACCUCCACAGAGCUGGAGCACGCUGUAUCGGUGUCAUGGAGUGGGACGGGUCCAUCUUCAACCCUCAGGGCAUUGACCCCAAGGCGUUGGAAGAACAUCGUAUUGCAAACGGAACCAUCAAUGGAUUCUCCGGGGCCAAGAAGUACGAAGGAGAGAGCCUCAUGUUUGAACCGUGCGACAUCUUUGUGCCUGCCGCCCUCGAAAAGGUUAUUACUAAGGAGAACGCACACAAGAUUAAAGCUAAGGUUAUUGGUGAAGCUGCCAACGGCCCCACGACACCUGCAGCUGACUCUAUCCUCCAGAAGAACAACAAGCUGGUGAUCCCCGACUUGUACCUGAACGCUGGUGGUGUCACGGUCUCUUUCUUCGAGUGGCUCAAGAAUCUCAACCACGUCUCUUACGGCCGUCUCACCUUCAAGUAUGAAAGGGAAUCCAACUAUCAUCUCCUAGCAUCUGUCCAAGAAUCUCUGGAGAGAAAGUUUGGUACCCAAGGAGGAAAAGUCCCUGUUACUCCUUCAGAAGCUUUCCAGAAGCGCAUUGCCGGAGCCUCCGAGAAAGACAUCGUCCACUCAGGUCUGGACUACACCAUGGAACGUUCGGCCAGGGCCAUCAAAAAGACAGCUCAACAGUACAACCUUGGCCUUGACCUGAGAACUGCAGCUUACGUCAACUCUAUAGUGAAAAUCUACGAGACACACAGAGAGGCUGGUCUACAGUUCUAAACUGAAUAUUUUCUGUAUUAUUUAUAUGUAAAUAAAUCAAGAUAUAAGUGAAAAUCUAAAUAAAGUAAAUUGAUUGGUU